AUGCAUAUACCAUUGAUGGCGGGAAAUUACAAAAUACGAAUAGAUCGGGAGCCUGUUAUCGAGGAAGAGAGGGAAGAGGAAGAAGAGGAAGACUUUGAAAUGUUCCAAACUGAAAGAGAAGCAGUGGGCAGGAGUGGUCUCGACGAUAUUGGUGAUGAUAAGGGUGACCAAGCGGGCUCCAACAACUUGAAAUUCUAUCCUUAUUCGAAUAGUGGGCUGACAAGAAGUGUAGGCACGUUGAACCUGUCGCUGAGCAACACAGAACUGCCGAAACAGGUGUCAAGGAGAUUGGGGGAUAUCAAAGAGGAGGAGCAAGUAGGAAGUGGUGUAGACGAAUUCAUCAAAGGGUGGUCGCCGUUCAAUGAGGAUGCGCCUACCACGCCUACCACCACUACGUUUGGUAAACAGAGCCUAAAAAACGAAUUGUCGCCAUUCGUUAACGAUCCGGAUAUACUGAGGAAGUGGAAAUUCAAGUCAUCGCUUUCGAAGACGCCGAUUAACGCAAAGGAGGAGGAAAAGAUUUCACCGUCAUGGCAAGAUAACGACGUUCCUGAUCAAUCUGCUUUUCUUUCUCCCAGAGGACUUGUUUCGAAAGUGACACAAGCCAAAGCUGAUGCGAGUUUUCCAAAAAAACUCUCAAUCCUGAAUACACCCGUUAAGAAGUCCCCAGUAAUGGAUACCUCCCGAAUCAGCAAUUCUUUAAUGGACUCUCCAAAUUACCUCAAUCAGAGUAACUUCACUCAAAACACGUCAUUUUUUAUUCAAUCACCAUCAGUUCGAUUCCUGCCACAAUUAUAUGUUGAAGAGUCACCAUUCGACUCAUUCACAAAUACAGAAUUGAACAAAAAGAGCGCAAAGGUACGAAACUCACAAUCACCCGCACAACUUCAUGUUAAUCGUUACAAGAAGAUUAAGAAAUCAAGAAACUCAGUUUUGCUAAACAAUGAAGAGCUCACAAAUAGUUUACAACAAUUUACGGAUGAUCUUUAUGGUACUGAAAAUGAAAAUGACAAUGGGCAUGAGAACGCGAAUGAGAAUGAUAAUGAAAACGAUUUCGAAAGCAGCAAAAUUGGCGAGGAUGAUCUUUCAUUUUUCAACAACUUUAGGCCCCGGUUAAGCAAUCUUUCUAAUGAUAUUGACAGUUGUUCAAGUACAGAUACUACACCAACAAGAAAAAAAACACUUUUGAACAAUAAUAUGAAAACGAUAGAAUCAUCACCAUCUCCUUUGAAGACGAGAAGAUUUAUCAAUGCCAAGAUAAGUACCAAUCCAGAUGCACAUCUUUUUGAAAAGUUUAGCAAUGUAAUGGCGAUUGGGGAUGGUCAAUUUUCGACUGUUUAUCAAGUUACGUUUACUGAAACUAAUAAGAAAUAUGCUGUAAAAGCGAUCCAACCGAAUAAAUUUAAUUCAAUGAAGAGGAUUCUACAGGAGAUCAAGCUGCUAUCAGAAAUUAGUGAGACAAAUUUAGAUGAAGAGGGUAAAGAAUAUGUCAUUGAUUUUAUAAGUUCAUGGAAUCAUCAAACUUCUUUCUAUGUUAUGACUGAAUUUUGUGAAAACGGUAAUCUCGAUAUUUUUUUGAGAGAACAGAUUAUUGCCAGGCAAGUAAGGCUUGAAGAUUGGAGAAUUUGGAAAAUCAUUGUUGAAUUGAGUUUAGCCCUAAGAUUCAUCCAUGAUUCGUGUCAUAUUGCUCAUUUGGAUUUAAAGCCAGCAAAUGUAUUGAUUACAUUUGAAGGUAAUCUAAAACUAGGAGAUUUUGGCAUGGCAACUCACUUGCCAUUAGAAGAUCAAAGUUUUGAAAACGAGGGUGAUAGAGAGUAUAUUGCACCGGAGAUAAUUUCAGAAUGCGUUUACGAUUUUAGGGCUGAUAUCUUUUCUCUUGGACUAAUGAUUGUUGAAAUUGCUGCAAAUGUUGUAUUACCAGAUAAUGGUAAUGCAUGGCACAAGUUACGUUCGGGCGACUUAUCUGAUGCAGGACAAUUGAGCGCAACAGACAUUCAUUCAAACUCCCUAUUUUCCGAUAAUUCUAAAGUUGAUACAAAUUUGACAGAAAUAUCAGACUACCACAAUAAUUUCAACGGUCAAAGGCAGAAACACAAGAUCCCAGCAUGGGUACCAAAAUUUCUAAUAGAUGGUGAAUCUUUGGAGAGGAUGGUAAAAUGGAUGAUUGAACCUGAUUACAAGCGAAGACCAACUGCAAGUGAGAUUCUAAAUGCUGAGGAGUGUAUAUAUGUUGAAAUGACCCGUAAAGCUGGUGCCAUAGUUCAAGAAGAUGACUACGGUCCAAAACCUGGCUUUUUCAUGGCAUGA